AUGUCCGGCUUCGACCAAGGCAGAAUAUACACGGCGUCCGUGCACACCCUCGCACCACCGACGGGCCCUGACACGCCUUCAGAGACAGAGCAGCUGCUUUUCGACUUCCUAAGCAAGUUUCGCAUUGGCGAAGAAUUCAUCUACAGGGACAAACUGCGCGCCAACUUGCUAUUGAAGCUCUAUCUUCUCGAAAUCGACCUGCGACAUGUCAGUUUGUUCAACGAUGAGCUCGCACACGCCAUUCAAGACCGCCCAGGCGAUAUUCUUCCUCUCUUUGAAAACGCCGCCGCAAAAGUGGCAAGGCGAGCCAGAAGUGCUGGGGAGAACGAACCUGAGGAGACGUCCAAUGAGUCCAUCCCGCCCAUCCAAAUCACCAUUAAAUCGGGCCUCAACCUCCUUCAAUUCCGCGAACUCACAGCUGACACUAUGAAUAAACUCGUUCGCGUUCCCGGAAUCGUUAUCUCAGCCUCCGUCCUCUCAGCCCGCGCGACCAAAUUGCACCUUCAAUGCCAGGGCUGUGGUUCUAUCAAAAUCCUCUAUCCUCAAGCAGGCAUCGGUGGCAUGGGGAGUGGAUCUGACAGGGGUCUUCCACGAAGGUGUGAGGCUGAGAAGGGGCCUGGUCAGGAGAAGGAUUGUCCUUUGGAUCCGUAUCUCAUCGUCCACUCCAAGUCGUCAUUCGCCGAUCAGCAAACACUGAAGCUACAAGAAGCACCCGACAUGGUUCCCGUUGGAGAACUUCCCCGACAUAUGCUCUUGUCGGUCGACAGAGCCCUCACGGGCAAGGUCGUCCCCGGCGCGCGUAUCAUCGCGACUGGUAUUUACUCCACCUUCCAAUCUGCCAAGAAUAAAAGCGCAGGCGCAGCUGCACUACGACAGCCUUACCUACGUGUUAUCCACCUCGAAACCAUGUCUCCAGCCGGAACCGGUGCCCUUAACCCGUUCGGAGUGCAGUUCACACCAGAAGAGGAGGAGGAAUUCCAGGAACUCGCUCGAAGUGAAAACCUCUAUGAACGUUUCGCGAAGAGUGUCGCUCCUAGUAUCUUUGGAAGCUUAGACAUUAAGAAAGCUAUCACUUGUCUGCUGUUCGGAGGGUCGAAGAAAGUUCUUCCAGAUGGAAUGAGGCUGCGUGGAGAUAUCAACGUGCUGCUCCUUGGUGACCCCGGUACUGCCAAAUCCCAACUGCUCAAGUUCGUCGAGAAGGUUGCACCCAUUGCCGUAUACACUUCAGGAAAGGGUUCUUCAGCUGCUGGUUUGACCGCCUCCGUGCAACGAGAUGCCGUUUCCCGCGAGUUCUAUCUCGAAGGAGGAGCAAUGGUCCUCGCUGACUCGGGUGUCGUCUGUAUCGAUGAGUUCGACAAGAUGCGGGACGAAGAUCGUGUUGCUAUCCACGAAGCCAUGGAACAGCAAACUAUUUCGAUCGCCAAGGCUGGUAUCACCACGGUGCUGAACUCGAGGACGAGUGUGUUGGCUGCCGCCAACCCUGUGUUCGGCCGUUACGAUGAAGGGAGGAGCCCGGGAGAGAAUAUCGACUUCCAAACGACUAUCUUGUCUCGUUUCGAUAUGAUCUUCAUCGUGAAGGACGAGCACAACGAGACACGUGAUAGGGCGAUCGCAAAGCACGUCAUGAACGUCCACAUGAACCGACCUAACGAAACUGAGGUUGUUGGUGAAAUCGCCCUCGAGAAGAUGAAGCGAUACAUUGCUUACUGCAAGAGCAAAUGUGCACCCCGGCUGUCUGCCGAAGCGCAAGAGAUGCUCAGCAGUCAUUUCGUCAGUUUGCGAAAACAAGUUCAGCAGGUUGAACGGGACAACGACGAACGAAGUUCGAUCCCUAUCACCAUCCGUCAACUCGAAGCCAUCAUCCGAAUUUCCGAAUCCCUCGCUAAAAUCACGCUCACUCCUGUCGUCCAAGUACACCACGUCGAGGAAGCCAUCCGACUCUUCAAAUUCUCUACCAUGGACGCUGUCUCCGCAGGUGCCGCAGACGGCCUCUCGCGUGGUGAGCUCAACGACGAGAUGAACAGGAUUGAAACGGAGAUCAGGAGGCGGUUGCCGGUAGGAUGGAGUACGAGUUACCAGAGUUUGGUGAAGGAGUUUGUGAACCAGCAGGGAUAUUCGGGACAUGCCCUUGAGAGGACGUUGUUUGUAUUGGAGAAGAGGGAGAUCAUUAGGUUCUCGAAUCAGAAAAAAGUUGUUCACCGGAUUGGUGUUUAG